AUGUCCGCACCUAGAGCUUAUCAAUUCAUCGCCCUGAGACGUCUGGCAGCUGGUGGCAGCCGUCGCCAGCUCCACAUGACUGGCCCUGCUACUUUCCCUUCGCCAUUGCUUACUGCUGAGCGUCCUGUCUCGAACCUUCCGCGUGACAUUGCAGGCCUGAGAGCCGAGUGCAAGAGACGCAAGCUGGACUACUCUGGCUCCAUGCACGAUCUCAUGGGCCGUCUGUCUGCCGAUGAUCUCACUCAUUCUCGUGCUUUCACUACUGCUGUCAACAGCAGCAAGCGUCCCACUGCUGAGCAGCAGGACGAGGUCAAGGCAGUGCGUCACUUCAACACUAGCCGUGCCCUCAAGGCCGUCAACGACAGCUCUACCAUCGACUUUGCUUACUUCCCCGACUUUGACCCUGACAAUGCUGAGGCCCCUGCUAUUCGUGUUCCCCUGCUUCACAACAACUUCAGCCCUGCACGUACUGGUGCUCACAGUCUUGAGGCUGCCGACGAUAUGGUCAUGAAACCACAGAUCAACACUAUGGCAGCUGACAAGAUCAUAAGCAACUUUUCUGAAGUUUCUGAUAACAAUGCCAUGACGAUUGACUUCCAUGGUAUGGCGGAGCGAAUUGCUGCAGCCACUCAGAAAGCUGCCAAAGCACCUGUUGCGGAGCAAACUAGCAUUAUGAAGCAGUUGUGGAAAGGUCUUGUUGAAGAUUUCCAGGGUGGCCAAACAAAGCCCGUGGCUUGA